AUGCGUGCAGAGCACGGUAUAUGCCAACCGUAUGUCUGGAUCCCCGUCACAUUCAGAAGACACAUCGUUCUGCGCGUUCCUCCCUCUCCUUUCUCUCGAGCGCCUAGAGGCGUUCCUGAGGUCUUAGCUGAUUGUACCACUCCUCUUCGCUAUCAUCGUCUUCGUCAGGAAGCCACUGACGUCGGCGCGUUCGUUGAUCGGCGAGGGCGCGAAGCCAUUCAGGUUUCGUUUGUGGGUAGGCCCGUUGGGCUGGCGCAUAGCGGUAUCCCGCUGAUUGGUAGGAUUGUUGUAGAAAGGUUGGCCGAACAUAGUUAUUACAAGGACCCGAGGAUUUGA